AUGGAUUACUGGAACCAGCGACACAAAAGCAAAGACAAUCUUCAUCAUGAUGCAAACAAGGUGCAGCACCAAAAAAUAAACUUUGGAGCAUAUGAUAAUUACGUUCCAGUCAGUGAAUUAAGCAAAAAAUCAUGGAAUCAGCAACACUUUGCCCUGGUAUUUCCCAAACCACCAAGGCCAGGAAAAAGAAGGAGAUCAAAACCUUCCCAACUACGAGAAAAUAUAAGUCCUAAUUAUGAUGCAGAGAAGUUAAGGGGAGAUCGCAAACGACCUUUAUGGAUGCACCGUUCUUUAAUGAGAAUUUCUGAGAGACCAUCUGUUUAUUUAGCUGCCAGGAGUCAGCAUCCCCAGAAAGCAACUUCUCCCUCCAAGGAGGAUGCUAAAAAGGCAGCUAAACCUUCAUCUUUGAUGCUUAAGAAAAGUAAAGAAGACAAGGACAAAUCAGAUUCAGAAGCAGAGUCCACAGUUUCAAAGGAAAAAUCCAGGAAACUUUCAAAAGCUCAAGAAGCGAAACCAGAUGAAAAGAAAGAUUUAAAAAAAGAGAGAAAAGAUUCAAAGAAGGGCAAGGAAUCAGCGACAGAAUCUGAAGAUGAAAAAGCAGGUGGAGAGAAAGGUGCUAAAAAAGAUAGGAAGGGCUCAAAGAAGGGUAAGGAGUCUCCUUCAGAUUCAGGAGGUGAAAAAGGAGAUGCAAAGAAAGAUUCCAAAAAAGAUAAGAAAGAUUCAAAGAAGGGCAAGGAGUCUACUACAGAAUCAGAAGGUGAAAAAGGAGAUGCAAAGAAAGAUGACAAAAAAGAUAAGAAAGCACCAAAGAAGGGCAAGGAGUCUGCUACAGAAUCAGAAGGUGAAAAAGGAGAUGCAAAGAAAGAUGACAAAAAAGAUAAAGGUAAGAAAGGUUCAAAGAAGGGCAAGGAGUCUGAUUCAAAGGCAGAGGGUGAAAAAGAAGAUGCAAAGAAAGAUGACAAAAAAGAUAAGAAAGCAUCAAAGAAGGGCAAGGAGUCUGCUACAGAAUCAGAAGGUGAAAAGAAAGAUGCAAAGAAGGAUAAGGAAGGGAAAAAAGAUCCAAAGAAAGCCGGUGAGAAAGGUGAUGAAUCAAAGGACAAAAAAGAUUCAAAGAAGAAGGAUAGUAAAAAAGAAAAGAAGGAUGAGAAGAAGCCUGGUGAGGCAGAAAGUGAACCAAAGGAUGCAGCCAAGAAGGAUGCCAAGAAGGAUGCUAAGAAGGACGCCAAGAAGGACGCCAAGAAGGAUGCCAAGAAGGAUGGCAAGAAAGAUGCCAAAAAGGGAAAGUAG